AUGGUGAAACCAAGCCAAAGUGGGAAAUCUCACAAUUAUCCUUCUGGUAGGAAAAGCUAUUCAACAAGUCGUGCUGGAGUUGGCGGAAGAAAGAAGAAAAAGUCUACAACACCAUCAGCUCCAACAUAUUUUGAUAUAUUGUUGCAAACGCAAACUCAAUCUCGAUGCAACUGUAAGCCUAUAACCCUUCAAUAAUCAUAUUAAUAUUUAUGUUUGUUCAUUAUACAGUCAGUAGUUUCUUUUAUUAUUGUCUCAAUAAAAAUAAAACUAAUUAAAUAUCGUCUUUAUUUUUAAUGUAAAUGUUCCACUAAAAACCUGUUUUUCUAUAUAAUUUUGUUCAAAAAGCUGUCGAAAACUGUUUCACUUCUGAGACACAACGUCGCGUAGAGGAAUACUCAUGCUCAUACACACUAUAAAUGUGCACCACAAACAGGGCCGCAUAUUACCGGAGGUAUGAAGGGGUGUGACACCCCUAUAAUUUUGAGAAAUAGUCCAAAAAGUCGGUCCCAAAUGAACCAUUUGUCGGUCCCGAUCGUCCGGUGCAAACAUUACGCAAAAUUAUUGUUUCCGUGAAAUUUAUUUUUGGACAGUGUCCGAAAAAUAAUAAGUAAGGUCACAGAAUUGCUAAUUGCCAUUAUACACUGUCUGAAUCAACUUCCUUUCUGUGCUCUACAGCCAGCUGAUGACCAAACUAGACACUGAAAAUGCCAUUUCCGACGACCUAGAGACUUCACACGCAAAAAGUCGAUCCCGAAAAAUUUUACACGCCUCCAAAAUAUUUUGGAAUGUGCAUGUGCCCCUGACCGCAAAAUAUUUUAACGUCCUGCCCCCCAAAAGAAACUCAAUCUUCUUCUAAAAAACGGUAGUAGACUAAAGUGCUUGAAAAUGUCCCUGAAUCUUAUCUUAGGUUGUGUUUCGUUUUCCACGCAAGUGCGGUUUUGCUGCUUGUUCAUACCUUGAUCUUGGCUUUGUACAGCCGCCUUAGAUCGUCCAAUACAGCCCGACAAAACUUGGCAAUGUGACCUUCUUUGCCACAACGAUAGCAAACUAGAGACUUUCUAUUAGCGACAUGCUUACCUUGACUGUUUUGCACAUCACCUUGUCCUGGUUUGGAAAUAAAACAGUUACGAGCUAUAUGUCCAGGCUUUUGACAGAAAUAACAUAUUUUAGGCGACAACUGAGUGUCUUGUUUGAAACUGUUCCUUAAUGUAGGUCAUUGUUUUGCAACAAAUCCAUUGCAUGCAAAACAUGUAACCACCUUACGCAUAGACACUAGUCCCGAGACUUGAGAGAAAGCAUAUUCUAGUAUUUUUGACUUGAUGAGGCAGGAUUAUUAGAAGGGAUUUGAGACUAAUGCAAAUAUAUAUAUAUGUAGGUAUAUUGAUGGCAUUUUAUGGAUACCUUCUAGUUUUACUGUUUAGUUUAAAUAUGCUGCUUUAGAUAACACAGACGAUGAAAACGAUGCUUCAAGUAUUGCCAAGACAAAACUUAAAGCAACUUCGGAAACCGAAAGGACCAUUAACAGUAACAUGUCUAGCAGCGCGAACAUUGAUCCAAAUAUAGAAGAAUACGGUCACGUUGAUCAUUAUGCUGCAGUUCAAGGUAAGAUUUUCACUACCCAGUGGCCAUUAAUGUAUUCGUAAUUACAUGAAUGAUAUAUCUUAAGUUAUGAAGACUUUAGAUUGCACAAACGAUGACUAUAACAGCCAUUCUUUUAGUGCUCUGCCUCUGGAGAAACAGCCGCAGAAUCCUCAAAGUAAUCAAUUUUACAUGGCAGUUCAUGGCUUGCAUCGACUUAUUGAUUCUCGUAUGUUACUCUACUUUUUCCAUCUUUAGCCCCAUCUUCUAGUUCUGAAUCAUCAGCCGAAGACAAUCGCUUAUUUGAUAGUAACACAGACGACACUAGUAGUAGUCAUAUCUCCAUGACCAGUACCAUUCACGGUUCAUCUGACAAUGUCGCUCAAGAAACUUUUGAAAGGAAGGAAACAUUAGAUUUUCGUGAAUUUAAACUCGAAAAAUACGUGAAGGCAUUUCCCUGUCUCUAUUAUCACUCAGUAGAAAAAGGAUACAAAUGUAAAACAUGUGAAUUGUUUCCACCGCUAGGUACUACUAGUGGUCAGUCUCGUCUCAAAUUCGGACAGGAGGCUGUAAAGAAUUUGACUGACCAUCGAACACGUUAUCUUCGUGGUCAUGAGAAAUCACAUAAACAUCAAAAUGCAAUAACACAGUACAAAGGUAUAAGCAACAAUAACUUACUGCAUUUCUCUAGUCGUAAAUAAAGUAGUAUAUAAAAUUGAAAAUUUUUGAAUUAAUAGAACUCUCUUAAUAUUGUCUUUCUCCAAUUUAUUUCUAUAGUCAUAGACUUAGUAGCAAUAUAAUGUUCUGUUUUAUUCUUUUUUAUUCUUUAUUAAUGAAUCUAAGAUAACGGAAUCCGCCAUAAUUAAGCUUUUUAAAAUCACUGUGUUCCUUGUGAAAAAACACUGGGCAAAUACUGCAAACUAUGAGGAAUUUGUCAGAUUCAUAGGUUCAGAUUUGCAAGAACAAGUCUUAGGUGAAUACCUGAAGUAUGCAAAUUCGCAUAAGAUUGCAACUGACUUGUUUCCAAAUAGUGUCGGUCAGUUCAUAAAAGUGGUCAGCGACUGGAUGCGGAAAGAAACAAUGUCGGACGUUAAGAACUGUAGUGACUUUACAUUGCUUGUUGGUGAGUACAGACGAAAGUAA